CCAAUCCAGCUUUGGGGGCUGCAGUUGCUCCGCAGCUCGCAGGUCACGUGGCCUGGCAGAGCUAGGGGAGCCCUGCGCCGGAGCGAAUGCGGGAGGAGGCGAGCCUUCCGCUACUCCCGGCCCGGCGGGGUUCUGCGAAGGCGCCACCAACGAGACCUGCCAGCCUGAGCUAUAGAGGCGGUGGCCUCGGCAAGCCAGGACGCAGCUGACUGCCUCCACGGGGUAGGUUUCCUGCCCGGCUGGUGUCGCGGAGAAGCGCGCCAGCGAGGGGACGCAACGAGGGAGCGACGGCCAGAGAGGGGAGUGGUGUCCCCGAGGCCUGCGUCCCCCGCCCUGAGCCCCGCAGGCCGGCUCGCCCGCGGCCCCGCCCUCGGUGCGUCUGCUGCACCAGGCGGGUGUGCCUGGCUCUCUGGCGUUUGCGGACCCGGCCGCCUAGUCACCAGGCCGAGGGAUGUAACCCGGGAGCCCCACAUAGCCCGGCCGCGCGAACGGCCCGAGCGCUACCCGCUAAUAGCUGCCCGGGAGUGGGGGCCCCUCCGCCCGUCCUCGGCGGGGCGCGUCCUCCAGCGAAGGUGACCCAAGGAAGGCGUCCCUCCCGCUCCCGGGAACGCCCGCUCCUGGAACCCCACUGCGAUGGACUCGCAGUCUGGGCCUGAAGGUUUGCCUUGAUGACUCGGGCCUGAGAUCCAGGAUGGUUUGUUCUUGGGACCAGACAUGACCAAAAGUUGACCUCAUGACCACGUCAACCUCUCCAGCUGCCAUGCUUCUCCGGAGGCUUCGGCGACUUUCCUGGGGCAGCACCGCUGUGCAGCUCUUCAUUCUAACUGUGGUGACAUUUGGCUUACUGGCCCCUCUGGCCUGCCACCGACUCCUCCACUCAUACUUCUAUCUGCGCCACUGGCAUCUAAACCAGAUGAGUCAAGAUUUCCUGCAGCAGAGCCUGAAGGAGGGCGAGGCUGCCCUUCACUACUUUGAAGAGCUGCCCUCUGCCAAUGGUUCCGUGCCCAUCGUCUGGCAGGCCACUCCCCGCCCCUGGCUGGUGAUCACCAUAAUCACUGUGGAUAGGCAGCCUGGCUUCCAUUAUGUCCUACAGGUAGUGUCCCAGUUCCAUCGGCUUCUGCAGCAGUGCGGCCCUCAGUGUGAGGGGCACCAGCUCUUCCUGUGCAAUGUGGAGCGAAGUGUGAGCCAUUUCGAUGCUAAGCUGCUCUCCAAGUAUGUCCCCGUGGCCAACCGCUACGAGGGCACGGAAGAUGAUUAUGGUGAUGACCCUUCAACUAACUCAUUUGAGAAAGAGAAGCAAGACUAUGUCUAUUGCCUGGAGUCAUCGCUGCAGACCUACAAUCCAGACUAUGUCCUGAUGGUGGAGGAUGACGCUAUUCCAGAAGAACAGAUCUUCCCAGUGCUGGAGCACCUACUGCGUGCCCGCUUCUCUGAGCCACACCUCCAGGAUGCCCUGUAUCUAAAGCUCUACCACCCAGAGCGGCUACAGCACUACAUCAACCCAGAGCCUAUGCGGAUCCUGGAGUGGGUUGGUGUGGGCAUGCUGCUGGGGCCUGUGCUAACCUGGAUAUACAUGAGGUUUGCCUGCCGCCCAGGCUUCAGUUGGCCCGUCAUGCUUUUCUUCUGUCUGUACAGCAUGGGGCUGGUGGAACUGGUGGGCCGACACUACUUCCUGGAACUGCGGCGCCUGAGUCCUUCCCUGUACAGUGUGGUUCCUGCGUCUCAGUGCUGCACCCCAGCUAUGCUCUUCCCUGCCCCCGCUGCCCGCAGGACCCUCACCUACCUGUCCCAGGUGUACUGCCACAAGGGCUUUGGCAAAGACAUGGCUCUGUACUCUCUGCUGAGAGCCAAGGGGGAGAGGGCCUAUGUUGUGGAGCCCAACCUUGUGAAACACAUUGGUCUGUUCUCCAGCCUGCGGUACAAUUUCCAUCCCAGCCUACUCUAGGAGUGCCAAGACAUGCUUUUCUGCAAUAGCUCUUUCCGAGAGAGGCACACACUGAACUCUUUACUUAGAUGUGGUUGCUUGAAGAGAUUUCGUUGUUCAAUGUUGCUAGGUGUAAAGGCUCUGGGACAGUGGAGGAAUGCACCCGAGUGACAAGCCUGGUAAUCCUCCUGCAGAAGCAGUUUGCCACAGGUCUGGAUCUCUGUCCCUCUACACAGCCACACUGCUUCAUGCCGUCCGUCUCGCUCAGUGAGGAUGAUUGCCAGUGACCGUUAUCUUCUCCAUCGUCUGCAAGUUCUGCCCCGUGACAGAGCCCAUGACUGCCAAAACACCUUGUGCACUGUGGUGUGAGCCUUGAACUAGGGUUUUAAAGGUAGAGUGUGGUGAGCAGUCAGAUGCUUUGGAACGAAUUCCUUUCUUGAGGUCUAAGAAUGGAUGUGUGCGUAGAUUGUAUAUCCAGAGCAGGCAGGGCUGGGUGGCCAUAUUCUAUUUGUUUUCCUUGACCUGGUGUAAUAAAAAUGUCAAAGUCA